AUGGAUUUGGAGAAAACCUACGCGACCUCCCGGGCCGGCCGCACAGGACAUGGAGGCGUGAAUCAGCUGGGGGGUGUUUUUGUGAACGGCCGCCCCCUCCCAGAUGUCGUUCGCCAAAGGAUUGUGGAGCUCGCCCACCAAGGGGUCCGGCCGUGUGACAUCUCCCGGCAGCUGCGCGUCAGCCACGGCUGCGUCAGCAAAAUACUUGGCAGGUAUUAUGAGACCGGCAGUAUUAAGCCUGGAGUGAUUGGAGGAUCAAAACCAAAGGUCGCCACACCCAAAGUUGUUGAAAAAAUUGCGGAGUACAAGCGCCAGAAUCCCACCAUGUUUGCCUGGGAGAUCAGGGAUAGACUCCUUGCUGAGAGAGUGUGUGACAAUGACACCGUGCCCAGUGUCAGUUCAAUUAACAGGAUCAUUCGGACGAAGGUGCAGCAGCCACCCAACCAACAGGUCCCAGCUUCCAGCCACAGCAUAGCCUCCACGGGGUCUGUGACCCAGGUGUCCUCUGUAAGCACUGACACUGCUGGCUCUUCUUACUCCAUCAGUGGGAUCCUGGGAAUAGCCUCCCCUGGCACUGAGAGCAACAAGCGCAAGCGGGACGAAGGUAUUCAGGAAUCUCCAGUACCAAAUGGCCAUUCUCUCCCAGGCAGAGAUUUUCUUCGGAAACAGAUGCGAGGAGACCUUUUCACCCAGCAGCAGCUAGAAGUGUUGGAUCGAGUCUUCGAGAGGCAACAUUAUUCUGACAUUUUCACAACAACUGAGCCCAUCAAACCAGAGCAGUGGUGCUCCAUGCUGAUGAGACAGUGCGUGGUACAACCGCAGGCAGUCAUUUUUCAGGCAACUGAAUAUUCAGCCAUGGCAUCAUUAGCUGGUGGAUUAGAUGACAUGAAAGCCAAUAUAACCAGCCCUACUUCUGCAGAUCUGGGAGCAAAUGUUCCUGGGCCUCAGUCAUACCCUAUAGUCACAGGUCGUGAGCUGGCAAGCACAACGCUCCCAGGAUACCCUCCACAUGUUCCUCCUGCAGGACAGGGCAGCUAUUCUGCUCCAGCACUGACAGGAAUGGUGCCUGGGAGUGAGUUUUCUGGGAGCCCAUACAGCCACCCACAAUAUUCAACAUACAAUGACUCCUGGAGGUUUCCCAACCCUGGACUCCUGGGCUCCCCGUACUACUACAGCGCUGCAGCCCGUGGGGCAGCCCCACCAGCAGCUGCUGCAGCCUAUGACCGCCACUGA